AUGCGCAAAUUACUGAUUUUGGUUCUGAUCGCAGCGGGUUCCGUCAUCCUGGCCGCGUGCUCAGGUGGCGGCUCUGACAAUAUCGACCAGCAGGUGAUGGUUGCGACCACUACACCUGUACCGACCCGCGCUGCCCAAGUGGAGGUAGCACCGUCUCUUCAGAGUUCGCCAACGGCCGAGGCUGCGGCCAAGACCGACUCUGCGUCCGGCACUGAGGAUGACGGAAUACCGGUAGGCGGCGUGUUUACUCGGAACUGGUCGGACCCGCCGACUCUGGAUCCACACCUGGUGACGGACACCACGUCCGCCGGCAUCGUCGUCGAGAUAUUUUCUGGGCUGGUCUCAUUGAAUGAGGACCUCGACAUCGUUCCCGAAUUAGCCGAAUCGUGGUCUAUCAGCGGCGGCGGAACGGUUUACGAGUUCAAGCUUCGCCCCGACCUGAAGUUCUCAAACGGCGAACCGGUCACAGCUGAAGACGUGAAGUGGUCUAUCGAGCGGGCCGCGCAUCCCGACACCGAAUCGCCGGUGGCCGAGAUCUAUCUUGGCGAUAUUGUCGGCGUAAACGAGAUCAUCGAGGGGUCGUGGAGAUGUCGUCUCCGCGCCCGGAGUGACGUUGGUUGA